UCUCAGUAUGUAUAAUGUCAGUAUAAUUUUGGUAUAGUGUUGAUAUAAUGUUAGUUUAUUAGUAUACUGAUAUUAUACUCACAGUACACACCGUAUGUUUGAUAUUAUUUUUUACUUUUAUGUACUUUUGUAAAUAUUAUUAAUAUUUUUGUAAAUGAAAAAAGUUAACAUGUAGUUUUGUAAUUAUUUUCAUUUUUUUUUGGUAAAUGGUGUAAUUUCCUCAACAAAGAAACUCACAUUUUGUGAUCUAAUCAUGGCCCUCCUACUGAUCAUGAGUUGGGCCUGCGUUCUUGACAAUUAGAUCCUAGGGUCCAUUUCAAAACCCCACCUCUUAAACCUCCUCAUCGACCAGCAACUCCUUUUUCAUUCAAAACUGAACCAAUUACGAUGCCACCUAAAGGAACAGAAUUGCGCCGGCGCCGGCGCCGGCCAACGGAUUUUUCUCGUUUCGGGCGUCUUUUGGCUAAUAGAACUCUAUCUCGCACCCCACCAGAACCAGAACCAGAACCAGAACCAGAACCAGAACCACCACGUAUCCGGCCACAUAAGCGAGCAAAAUAGGGCAGGGGGCGGCCAAUGCUUUUUUCUCAGUCCGGGCAUUUUUUGGCUAAUAGAGUGACGCAAUUUCCUACUCCACCACCACCAGUACUAAAGCAGGAUUCAACCCUUAGUCCUCAGCAGAUGACUGCAUUUUAUGAUCAGCUGAAAGGGAGUGUAUAUAAGAUCCGUGUGCGGCAUAAACAUCAGUUGGAUUCAGAUACAGAAUCAACGACUAAAUAUUUUACUGGGGUAUGCAUCAAUGCCGAUGGCUUAAUUUUGUCCAGGUAUUUUGACCAUACAUCUGUUGAUUCAUGUAUUCAAGGUCUUAAUGAAGCAACGUUUACAGAAGCAGAUGUUGUUGCUGCUAACCUUAACUUAGGUCUGAUUUUAUUGAGGGCAAAGCAUCAUGAAGCUUUGGAGUUUGUGAAAUUUUCAGAAGAAUCAGAACAUGUUGCUGGACCUCAUGUUUAUUGUGUGGUUUUUCCUAAUCGCUGCUCUUCUCCGAUGCUUCUAAGAGGUCAUUUGGCGUAUCAGUGCAAGCAUGACAAAGACCCACAUCUAGCUAGUUAUCCUAAGGAUAGAACAUCAGCAUAUGUCUUUAAAGGGAUAGAAGGUAUAGAACUUCCUGCUAGUGGUGCAAGUUUACUUCAGAUCGCUUCCUUAGGAGCUUCAAGAGAACUUGAUAUAAUUCAUAAUAAUUUGAGUAACAACUUUGGGUUUCACGAGGGUUAUGGAGCUCCAGUAUUUAAGUCUAUAGGAAGACUUGUAGGUGUAGUUUCCUACCAAGAAGCUGGUUUCGAUUUUGCUAUUCAGGUUGAAAGUUUGAUUAAAUUUGUUUCUAACUAUUUUUCAACUCAAAUUCCAACUGAGGUAGUGGAUAGUUCUACUGCUGCACUAGAUAUUUCAUCUGCACCAGAUGGUCUAAGAGAGGCACCGCAUGGAACUGUCGCCUUCAUUCAACAGCCUCGAUUUACACGAGGUGUAGUGAGAAGAAAGAGAUUCAUUUUGGCUACUAACAUCAAAAACCCAAUUUAAAGAUUGUUACUUUUUAAGUAAUUAACAACCCCAAUUAUCCUCUUUUCUAAUUUGUUCUUGUUAUUUUCUGACUUUCAAUUUGGAUUGCUUUUAGGUUUAAUGGCGGUGUUGUCUAUUAUGUAGCUUUAUAUCGGUGCUUUGUCUUCUUUUGGAUUAGUUUUUGUGUCAGAAUUAUCUUUUUGCCAUAACCAGUCUUCUGUUUUACUGUAUAAUCUUUA